AUGAGAUCUAAUCAUUAAUACAAUUAUAAUUAUAAAUUAGACUAAAUAUUUUAGAGAGAGAAGUAACUAUUAAUAGUAAAUAGAUCAUAUGAUCUUCAUUUAAAGAAAUUGAAUGAAAUCAAAAGUAAAAAAACAUAAUCUUAAUAAAGAGUUUAACAUUUGGAAAUCUUAGAAAAAAGAAACAAUUUAAGAUAAUAAAGAAGACGUUUUGAUUUAAAUGGUAUGCUAAAAUCCAUUAUUUCAAUAGAAUAAUCAGAACGUAUAAAUAAAGGAAAUAGCUAGUUAUAUUAAAAAAUAACAGAAAUUUGCAAUAGACCAAUGUAAUAAGAUUACUAUAAAUAUGAAGAUGAAAAUCUACAUCACCCUCACAAUUUAAACUUAACCUUUCGUAAAAAUCAAGCUUAAUAAAUACAAAACGAAAAUAUUAAAAUAGCUGAUCGUCUAAUGAAAUAAGAACCAGUCUUAAAAUUAGAAGAAUUUUCACAUUCUUAUAAAGAAAAUAAAAGAUUAAUGAUAAGAUUAUAACGAUAUUAAUAAUGUUAAAAUUACAUGAAUAUAAUAAGGUAUUAUUUUCUUCUAUUAAAUAAGAAAUAAUAUGACAUAUUCUUAUAGAGAUUCUACAAAUAAUAGUUCAAUAAAUUCAAAAAAGAAAGAAAAACAAUAAUUAUAAUUUUAAUUAUAGCCAAUUAUUAUUAAGUAAAUAUAUUAUAAAUGGAUUAUUUAUAGUUUAAAAGCUAAAUCUAUUGAAAAUAAUGAAAUAGAUAAAUUAAAUGAAAUUAAAGAUAAAGUUUAAUAAUAAAAAGAAAUAGAAAAAUCAAAAGAUCAAUAAAUUAAAUAAUAAUUAUCAGAAAUUCCAUAAGUAAAUGAAGAAUCUUAAAUUGAAACAAUUAGAUAAGAUGAAACUGUUGAAUAAUAAAUAUAAUCAUAAAUUGAAAGAUAAGUUAAACAAUAUCAAGAAGAAUAAAGUGAUGAUAUUGAAUAAUAAUAAUAAAUAUGA